GCAGAACUAGCCGGGUUUCCAUGGCGGCGGCGGCGGUAGUUGCCGCGGCCCCAGCGCUCUGGCGGCGGUUGCUGGAUUGUUUACCCCGCGGGAGGCCGUCUCUGGCGGCCUUUUUCGGCAGGCUCUCGGAUCGCCUGAGCCGAGGCCGCGAAAGCAGCGCUCGCAGGUCAUCAUGGCUGCUGUUGGCUCCAUUACUCACUUCUGCAGUUCCACAACUGACUCUUCCUACUAAUUGCCUUAGCCCUGAGGGAACACACAUUUUUCAAUGGAUCAGAAACUUGGUUCCAGAAUUUGGCAUUGCUGGCUCCCACAUCAAGGUACUUUCAUCGCCAGCCGAAUUCUACGAACUUAUGAAGGGACAGGCAAAGGUGGCUAAGCAACGAAUUGUUUUAGCUUCGCUAUAUCUUGGAACAGGAUCUUUGGAACAGGAAUUAGUGGAUUGUAUUGAAAUAGCUUUGGAAGGCUCAUUGAAGGGAUGUGGGAGUCCCAAUUUUAGAGUGUCUAUCCUAUUAGAUUUCACAAGAGGAUCCCGAGGCCAGAAGAAUUCUCGAACCAUGCUGCUUCCACUCCUGAGGCGAUUUCCAGAUAAGGUCCGUGUCUCUCUCUUCCACACUCCUAAUCUACGUGGUCUUCUCAGACAUCUAAUUCCUGAGCGUUUUAAUGAAACCAUCGGGUUGCAGCAUAUCAAAGUCUAUCUCUUUGAUGAUAAUGUGAUCUUGAGUGGAGCCAACUUAAGUGAUUCUUACUUCAGCAAUCGACAAGACCGUUACGUGUUCCUGCAAAACUCACCAGAGAUUGCAGAUUUCUUCACUGAGCUAGUAAAUGCAGUUGGGGAUGUAUCUUUACAGUUACAGCAGGAUGACACAGUCAAAAUUAUAGAUGGGAUGGUCCAUCCUUACAAAGGAGACAAGAUGGCCUACUAUGAAAUGGCAAAUAAGAAAGUGAUGGAAGUGAUCAAUUCUGCCAGGAUCAAACAAGAACAAUUUUACACUCGGACUUUCCAUAGCAACAAUACAGAAGAAGAAAUCUCAUCCAGUGAUACAAAGGCAGUUGGUGAUGGGCAAUCAGAACCAGACACAUGGAUUUAUCCACUAAUACAGAUGAAGCCGUUUGGGAUUCGGAUAGAUGAGACUGUCACAAAUACUCUCCUUAUGGAAGCAGAGCAGGGUGCCAGCAUAUAUCUCACCACAGGUUAUUUCAACCUCACAAAAACAUAUGUUGAUCUGAUUCUAGGCACCCGGGCAAAAUUCCAGAUUCUAUUAGCCUCACCAGAAGUGAAUGGGUUCUUUGGAGCCAAAGGGGUGGCAGGUGCCAUCCCUGCUGCCUAUGUUUACAUUGAACAGCAAUUUUUCAGCAAGGUGUGUGGCCUGGGUCAGGAAGAGAGAGUUCAGUUGCAGGAAUAUACAAGGAGUGGAUGGACUUUCCAUGCCAAAGGCCUCUGGUUGUACUUAGCAGGAAGCAGCCUCCCCUGCUUAACUUUGAUUGGUUCUCCUAAUUUUGGGUACAGGUCAGUUCAUCGUGACCUGGAAGCACAGAUUGCGAUAGUGACAGAAAACAAAGCCCUACAGCAGCAGUUCCAUCAGGAGCAGGAGCAGCUAUAUUCCCGUUCUGGUACAGUGUCUUCUUCAACAUUUGAUCAGCCAAGCCGUUAUGUCAAGCUGUGGGUGAAGAUGUUGACGCCUCUGAUUAAGAACUUCUUCUGAAAUAAAGAGAAGCGGAUCCUCUUGGUUGAAAGUCCAGACGUAGGUGGGGCCUCUUGUGCGUGUCUUGUACACCGGACACUCAUACACGUUCUUGAUAUCCAUGCGAUCCACAGGGAUGGCCUUGAUGAAAAUGACUGGCAUCGAAGGCGUCAGCUCCUUCAGGCGUGCAUCAGUGAUGAACCCCGUCUGAGUAUCCCAGCGUGCACCUGCAACAAUAUAGGGGCAGUACUCUCAAGAUCAGUUGUUUUGCAGCAAGGCUAAGGAAAGGGAAUUUGCAUGAUUAUCAACCUGCUAACUUCAGCAAUAAGACUACAUGCUAGACUUUGGCUUGCACCUGCUUUUGAUGCUAUGCCGGUGGCUUACUUAUAUAUUUUACAGGAAUAUAAGCAAAAUGAAACAAUUGGAUGCAUACGCUGCACUUGGCCUAGAGCAGCUAUUAUUUUAUUGCAGAAGGGUGUGCACUCCUACAAGUGCUUUUAACAUAAAGUCCAUUUAUACACAGCUAAGCAGAAGAAUCUAGGCUCUUUUAGCUCAACUUUUAAAAAAAAAAAGCUUCUAAAAAUAUAUAUAUAUAUCUUAGUCCCAACACUCCCAAAGUAGAAAGAAUUUUGGAAGCUGUCCGCUUGCUUUUUAACACAGGUGGGUUUGGUCAUGAAAUGGACAUCUGCUGCCCUCUACUGAUAUGAAAUAAAAGAGGCAGCUAUGGUUUAAAUGCCUCAUUUAUCUU